UUUCCUUACUUUUGUAAGUCUCUCGGCAAAAGGUCUCAUUUCAGUUUUCAAAAUUCCCUCAAAAUUAUAACGUAAGCUCUUUGGCUGAUCUUUUUAAAUAUCAAAAUGACUGACAAUAAGGCAUCGUCGUCCCGAGGCCGUCAACCUGGGAUCCAGUUCAGCACCGCCAUAGGAACCCCGGAAACCAAGCGCAAGAUGCUACUCUAUAGACGUCUAUUGAGCCGAGAUUUAGCUCGGGAUGGGAAAAACACCCAGGAAAUCGCACGGGCAAGGAAUCGGAGGCUUCAGGAGCAGGACCAAGGAAGGUUUCCAAAGUCCUAAGGGUACCCAUAUUUGGUUGCCAUAAGAGUUUACGUUUCCGCAUUCAAGAAAAAGUCUUGUUGAUUUCGGUCUUAUUUAGAUAAAUUUGAAAUAAAUUGGUAUU